UGAGAGGGUGGGGAGAGGAAGCGCCCUACAACUCCCUACCCAAAACCAGACCAGGGAGAUGGUGCUGCUGCAGUGCCCACUCUGCCAGGGUGUUAAUACCAGUAAUCAGCUGUCAAUCCCCCCAGAUCCUCCCCCCCACCACCACCACCCCCGACUGCUAUAAAAGCCCUGGGAGCAGCUCCCCGGCUCCUCUCCCAGCAGCAUGGCAGCACUGCAGGGCAAGGGGCACCCGGGCCAUGAGCCGGGGGGCUCUGGGGGGCCGUGGGGCCCUCCACAAGCCCUGCUGCCCUGCCCCUGCCCCUGUGCUGUGCUGGCCGGCUACAACCUGCUGCCGCCCCCGCUGAGCCUCCUGGCGCACUCGGUCUCCGCUGCCCACGACCUGCCGCCAGCGCUGCUGCCCGGCGCCGGGCUGUGCCCACCGUGCUGCCGGCGGCCCGCAGCCCCGGAGCCGGCGCGGGCGAGAGCCGGGGCCGGGCGCGAGAGCACCGGGGCGCUGAAGGCCUGGCUGUCGCGGCACCCGAGGAACCCCUACCCCAGCAAGGGCGAGAAGGUGAUGCUGGCCGUGCUCUGCCGGAUGAGCCUCACCCAGGUCUCCACCUGGUUCGCCAAUGCCCGCCGGCGCCUCAAAAAGGAGAACCAGGCGAGCUGGGCAUCGCGCGGCCCGUCCGAGGGCGAGGACAGCGAGGGCGAGGGGUCCUCGCCGGGCAGGCCCCCCGGCCCCGGGCAGGAGGGCAGCGAGUGCAGCCCUGGCCCGGGCAAGCGGCUGCAGAAACCCAAGAUCUGGAGCCUGGCGGAGAUGGUGGCAUCGGCGCCUGCGGAGCGCGGGGGCCCACCGGGGGCCGCGGUCAAGGGGUAG